AUGCACUGGCUUUCUUGGUAUGUGUUCUGUUAAAUUAACACUCUAUCUUUAGGGAAGGUUGUCUUAGAGAAGCUCCUAAGAUCAGUAGAAUGCAAAAAGAUUUAUCUGCUAAUCAGACCAAAGAGCGAGAUAUUUGAGUCUCUGAGAUUACAGCACGAAGAUUUUAUGGCUUAUGUUGAUGAGAAGAUCAUUGGCGUCGAGGGGGACAUUUCUGAACCUAACGUCAUCUUUAAUAAGGAUAAGCUAGCUGAAAUUAUCGAAAACGUAGAGGUGAUAAUUAACAAUGCAGCAUCAAUUGACUUUGAUCUUAGAUUAGAUUAGGCAAUCUAAAUAAACUACAUGGGUCCCAGAAGACUAGGAUAUAUUGAUGAAAAAAUUUAUAAUUAUCCAGGAGAUCCAGAUGAGAUUGUUAAUAAAUUGCUAAGCUUAUCUGAACAUGAGAUAUUAAGUCAGUAAAAAGAGUUAAUUAAACCCUGGGUAAAUACAUAUACUUUCACAAAGAACCUCUCAGAGAGAUCACUAUAAAAACACAGAGGCGAUAUGCCACUCUUGAUAUUAAGACCUGCAAUUAUCAUAAGUGCAUAUGAGUAGCCCUAACCAGGUUGGAUUGAUUCUUUAGCAGCUGCUGGUGCAUUGACACUAUUUGCUACAAUUGGUGCAUUGCAAUUUGUACCUUCGAACAAAAAUAAUAGAGGAGAUAUGAUUCCUGUUGAUUUUGUGUCUAAUAGUGUAUUAGUAGGUACUGCCUUCUAAGCAAAUCGCAAUUCUCUAUAGAUUUAGCAUUGCGCUACAAGUCAUUAGAAUCCGAUUCUCUGGGUUGACUAUGUGAUCCAUGUAUUAGAUUAUGCUAGAAAGAAGCCAAUGGAAAACAUAAUCGGCAAUAUUUAAUGCAAAUUUGUACCAGAAAAGACCUAUUAUAGAAUGAAAUAUCUCAAGACUACUCUUCCCACAAAGGCUCUAACAUACAUUAGUUAAUAUGGAGGAAGUCAAACCUUUAAGAAAAACGUUCAAAGACUUAAUAAACUCAAUGAUAAGGUAUCAUAGGUUGUAGAACUGCUAAAAGAAUUCACAUUAAAUGAUUGGUGCUUUGAGUCUAAAAGAGUCUUGGAAAUCCAUUAAUAACUCGAUGAAGCAGAUAAGGUUAAUUGGAAUUUCAACCCAAAAACUAUUGACUGGCCUUUAAUGUCUCACCUUAUGGUGUACGGGAUCCAGAAAUUUAUGAUGAAGAUGGAUGUGGCUCUUCCACACGAACAAUAGAACUUACUUCAAAAAGUGAAUACUAGAUAUUUUGAAGAUGCCGCCUAAUUCUAUUCAAAAACCAACAAAGUCAAAGGAGUUAAUUUGGACAAACUAAUAGAUAAGGUUAUGUUCUGUGAUAGAGUCUAGAAUUAAUUGAGAAUACAGUGCCAAGGAAAUACCUCAAAUUCAACAUAUCAUAGCCUUAUGAAGGAAGGGAAACUGAUACUGAGAAGCAUGAGUGCCUAGAUAGAUAAAAAUACAAUUAAGGCAGUGUUUAUGGGCUUUCACACAAGAUUCAAAAGGAUAUUUGAUCAAAUUAUUGUUUCUGAUGCUGAACUUAAAAAUAUCUCGAACUUAUAAGCACAAAAAGGCAAUGCUGUUGUAUUGAUUCCCUCCUUUAAAAGCUAUUUAGAUUUUAUCUUGUUGAUUUACACUCAUAUUAUCUAUGAGAUAGACCUACCAUUUAUCUGUGGAAUGGCAGAAUUUGAAGAUGUCGCUAUCUUAAGCAAGAUACUUAAAAGAUGUGGAGGUUUCUUUGUAAAUUAUAAAAAGUUAGACUAAGCAUUACCUAAAGUUCUAUUGGAGGAGUUCCUAAGUCAUAUCCUUAAGGAUCAGCAAAUCCUUGGAUAUCAUUUAGAGCGAAAGAGAGAACGAUCAGGAAAGAUUAUCAAGCCUCUACCUUUUAUAUUUGAAUAGAUAGUCGAUACUUACAUGAGAAGCCCCGAUGAUAUAUAAGAUAUUAUUCUUCAGCCAGUCACAAUCAACUAUGAUAAGAUCUAUGAAGGGGAAUCUUUUCCAUAUGAAUUGCUUGGAGAUGAAGGCAAUAGAGAAUCUGUAUUUAAGAUUUUAAAAAGCAUUCUUUGGGUGAGUGAAAAGUAUGGCAGAGCUUAUAUUAAAUACUGCAAGCCUAUUUCACUUAAGGAAAAAGUGAAUGAAUACAUUAAGCAGAAAGGUAUUGAUCCAAGAUUGCUUCUAAAUAGAUAACUAGGCCCAGUUCCAGUUGAGGUUUAGAAUUAAGUUGCUAUUUUAAAAUCUAAUUUUGCUGACACUAUGUCGAUGGAGCUUGCUUAUACAUUAACGGAUAACCUAGUUGUAAUGUCAACUCAGAUUGUUGCUUCAGUUAUUAUUUCUAAGAGAUAGGGAGGUAUAACUGAGGAUGAACUAGUUAGCAAAACUCUUUGGCUUUAUGAGGAGAUUUAAUUGAGAGGAGGAGUAACUUGCUAAAGUUCUAAGCCAAAUAAAUAGUCAAUUAAGAAUUCUCUUACCUACUUAAAAAGCUUUAUUGAUACUAAGAAAGAUGUAUUCUCUCCAUCAGUCAAAGCAAAUAAAGACUACAAGAACAUCCUGAUGCUAGCCUAUUAUAGAAAUGGUUUGAUCUAACUAUUCUUGAAUGAGGCCUAUAUCUCAGCUUCUCUAUUAGCAUUUGGUGAAUCCACUGUAGACUCCUAGGGAGUUCCACUGAAUCGUCUUUGGGACCAAACUGAAUUCUUGACUAAUAUUCUUAGGGAUGAAUUCGUUGUGAGGAACCAAAUUAAUGAUUUUGAAAGCUUCAUGGAAGUUCUUAGAUUUAUGGAGAAAAGAGGAUAUAUUUAGAUCACUGGAGAUGCUUAACCCCACAUUAAGGUAAUUAGAGAGGGUAAACAAGCUCUAAAAUUCUUUAGAACGUUUAUCUCUCCAUUCGUUGAAAGCUACUGGGUCACCUUAUCGUACUUUAGAUAGAUGAGACCAGCGACCCCAAUUUUACAACAAGACAUUGAAAAGAGAAUUUAAUGGCUUGCAGAGACUCUUCAUGAUGAAGGAUUCCUGAUGUACUAUGAGUCAUGCAGCUUGGAAUCGAUCGGAAAUUCUGUACAGCACUACUCUAACAUGGGUGUCCUAAAAAGAAUCGGAGAACCGUUUUCACUUAAUAACUAAAAGCCUGAGAUUUACUUUUAAAUGAGCGAGAAUAAGGUUGAGUAGAACACUCUGAAGGAAAUCUAUGAAAGACUUACUUUCUUCAAGCCUCAACUUACAUUGAUUACUGGAAUCAUCAAUUUUGAAGACGACGUCAAGAGAAUUUUGACUAAAGCUCCAAUUGAGCACACAUUUAAACUUUGA